CGCCACCCUCUCUACAUCUCGCUCUCCACCAUACUAACGACGUCUUACAAACCCUCAACGACGACGCCUUCUAACCAACUGACUUCUUGACUCCCCGCUACUCUCAUAUUCUGCACUCGCUCACUACCACAACAACCUCCACAAAGCCCUUACGACACUCUACCAAACACCCUCACCCUCAACCCCACCCAACCGCCAUCAUGCCUCGCGCAGAAGUCGGCUCCACCAAGCACCUCGCCAACAAGAUGAAAUCCAAAGGCCUGCAACGCCUGCGCUGGUACUGCCAAGUGUGCGAAAAGCAAUGCCGCGACGCCAACGGCUUCAAAUGCCACGUGCAGUCCGAAUCCCACGUGCGCCAAAUGCACGUCGUGGGCGAAGACCCGAAGAAGUACAUCGAGCAGUUCUCGCGCGAGUUCCAGCACGACUUCAUCCAACUCCUCCGCACCUCCCACGGCGAGAAGGCCGUCAACAUCAACCACUUCUACCAGAACUACAUCGCGAACAAGGAGCACACGCACAUGAACGCGACCAAGUGGCCGAGCCUGACCGAGUUUGCAAAAUACCUCGGCCGCGAGGGGAUUUGCACCGUGUCGGAGGACGAGAAGGGGGGGCUGAUGGUCGCGUGGCGGGAUGUGAGCCCGGCGGCGGUGAAGCGGAGGGCGGAGAUUCGGGAGGCGCAGUUGGCGGAUGCGGAGACGGAGGCGCACGAGGAGAGGGUGAUGAAGCGGAUGCUGGCGCGGGCGAAGAUGGAGGCGGAGGAGAAGGCGGCGAGGGAGGAGAAGGCGAAGGCCGAGGCGGAGGCUAGGGGUGAGGCGACGACUAAGGAGGAAUCGCAGAAGAUGGAGAUGCCUGCUGGACCGGUCAAGUUGAACUUUUCGAUGAAGAAGCCGCUUGGGCAGCCUGGGAAGGUGGGCUUGGGACAGAUGAAGAGCAAGAGUAUCUUCAAGCGAGUGCGAGAGGAGACUGCUAAAGAGCAGGAUGUCCCUGCGGAGAAGAGGACGAAGGUUGGAUGAAGUCCAUCUUUCUCUUGAGCCAUAACACACAACACGACGAUCACAGACAAGGAUCCGGCGUUAGCAGUGUCGACUUCGAUCUACGGACCCCUACGACAUUGAACCGAUAUCCUCAGUCACUCAGUCACUCAGUCACACACAAGCCUCGGCUUAGAGUUCCUCUCAAGCGCAAGAUUUCAUAGGGUGGAUUUUGGAUGGAUUAUACCAGGGUCGAACCCCAUAUGAUUUGCGAGGUUGCCUCUACUGCAACUAUAUGCAUAGUUAGUUAUCAAAAUACCCCAUAUGUAGCGCUAUGCUGUUACAAAUGAGAAGCCGUACUCCAAAUCUCUC